AUGGCCGAGAGUCAUGAUUCUGUGCUCCAAUUUAAAAGCAAAUUCGAGGAAAUUGUAGAGAUACUAAAUAUUAUAUCAAAUUGGAAAGACCGCGAAGCUUCUUCAAAAGCGGAGUCUUUGAAGACUGCCAUUACUUCCACCCAAUUUAUCGUAUUACUAAAGUGUUUGUGUGAUAUAUUAGCUUUAACAGUCAACCUGAUUAUACGAGACGCUUUAGAAUACUAUUCACAUCUAUAAUGAAAUCCUGGGUAUUGAACUGAGUGUGCCAAGAAUAACAAGCAGGCAAAUGAACAGACCGAACAUAGUUACUUCUGACAAGGAAAAUCAUUUUCAGAUUGAA